GCCACUCUUCCCCCAACCUCUGCGCCACCACACACCAGGUAGGGAGGCCCUCUUCGCCGGCGGAGACCAUGGUGUCCUUGAAGCUCCAGAAGCGGCUGGCAGCGAGUGUGCUCAAGUGCGGGAAAGGCAAAGUAUGGCUCGAUCCGAACGAGGUCUCCGAGAUCUCCAUGGCAAACUCCCGCCAGAAUAUCCGAAAGCUGGUGAAGGAUGGCUUCAUCAUAAAGAAGCCACAGAAGAUUCACUCAAGGUCCCGCGCAAGGAGGGCCCAUGAGGCCAAGCAGAAGGGCAGGCACUCAGGAUAUGGCAAGCGCCGCGGUACCCGGGAGGCUAGGCUCCCCACCAAGAUCCUUUGGAUGCGCAGGAUGCGUGUUCUCAGGCGCCUGCUGCGGAAGUACAGGGAGGCGAAAAAGAUCGACAAGCACAUGUACCAUGCAAUGUACAUGAAAGUGAAAGGUAACAUGUUUAAGAACAAGAGAGUGCUCAUGGAGAGCAUCCACAAGACUAAGGCUGAGAAGACCAGAGAGAAGACUCUCUCUGAUCAGUUCGAGGCUAAGCGGGCAAAGAGCAAGGCCUCUCGUGAAAGGAAAAUUGCGAGGAGGGAGGAGAGGUUAGCACAGGGCCCAAGGGAACCCACGGCAGCACCAGCAGCAGCUCCUGCCCCAGCUGCAGCUGCACCAAAGAAGGCGAAGAAGUGAAGUGAUCAGAAGCAUUGGCUUUCUGGUACCAGGACUUAGCCUAAUUUUGGAGCUCCUUGUCUCUUUUGCUGUCAUAUAUCUAAGCUGUCAUCUGAGAUAUCUGGAACAUCAUAUCUCGUUUGUUAUGUUGGAUGAUUUAGUAGACUUGUUUAUUUUAAGUGCCUUUGGAACUAAUUAUCACAGGAUAUGGUUGUGCUUUCGUGAGCCCUAGUUCUUGUUAAGCUAAUUUAUCUUUUAUCUGGCCGCUGUGGCUAGCGCCUGUGCUGGUUUUGCCCGGAGGUCCAUGACCUUAUCUGUCUUGUACUGGAGAUGAUGCAGCUUUCUUCUAGUGUUCGUUCGUUGUGA